GGCAGUGGGAAGCGGUCUAUCUCAUCUUCCGCAUGCUUCAUGACGUAGCCGUACCCGUCAAAGGGUCUAUCUUUUACUUUCCCAAAUUUGCCCCUUCCAUGCUUCCUCUCACCUCGAUAUAUAGAUGAGUUAGGUCAUGGAAAGCUCUUGCAAGUUGCCUUGCGUUUUGUUCGUUAUGUCGACGAGGAGGGGAGAAGAAGCCAAUCAGAAGCCAGAUGUGGCAGUUACUGCUGCACGAGACACGUGGAAUUCCGCCGGCCCUAACACGUCUGCGGUGACGGGCUUCGUGGCCGGAUUCGAUGAAGUUGCAAAGAGGAGGCUGGAUAACAUGAACCAGAAGCUGAGGGAUUUGGAGAGGCAAAUGGAAGUCCUUGAAGCUGAGAUGAACAGGGCCAACGAUUAUGAGAGAAUGCUAUUGGAGACCCCACGAUUGUUUGGUUCAUGAUUCAUGAUCACGACCGUCUCGAAUGUGGGUCCACUACUUAUCUAUUUUUAUUUUUAUUUUUUAUUUUUGUUUUUAUAGAUAAGGGUAGGUUGUAGUGGGCCCCACAUUGCAUCACCAUCUGAUCAUUGGUCAGGAAUUGAGGCUGUGGGUUGUGGUCUUUGCUGUUUCUGUGUCAGACAUGGGACGUGUAGCCGCCAUAUUAAAAUACUGUUAAACUUGUGGUCUUGAGAA